AUGAGAUCUUUUAUCAUUGGAUUUGAAAAGCUGAACGAAUGCAAAUACGGAAGUUACUUUUCAGGUUAAUUUUGUCAUUAUGACAUUUUCAAUGCUGUCAAAGUAACGAAUGAGCAGAGCCCAUUAUUAAUGAAAGUGAAUCAGAGCAUGCCUCUAUAGGACUAUAGUAUAGGCUUCUGGUUUAAGCUUCAAAUUUUACAAGACUAGAAUAUACUGUGUGGCGCGACUCCUUAAGAUUCAAACUUUCUAUAUUUAAAAGCAUAAACUACUUUACCAACAUUACAACGACAACUCGAAUUGAGGUAGAAUAAUUGCUUAUUUGUUCUGACAAAUAACUAUGAUGUUGAUUUAUAACCUAGAAUUUGGUAUUAAAUCGGAGUCUCUGUUAAGAAUGCUUAGCUUCCUUAAAGAGAACAUUUUGCAGCUAUAACUGACUAUAGUGCUAAACACUUUAUUGGAUCUGUUUAAAAGAAUCAAAUUACAUGUCCUAGUUUUACAAUGGUGAAUAAUGAACCUGAUGCUGAGGUUUAUCUUUGCAAGGACAACAACUUUGGAAAUACAGGCCUUAGUGUCAAGUAUCUCUAUUUUUUAUCAGACUAUGCCAUAACUGCUAAUGAUAUGUUUACUACGACAAGAGUGGUUUGGAAAAUGAUGGGCUUAAAGCCAGCGCUUUACUUAACUUUUAACAACACUUAAGGAAAGAUCUGGACCUAUGAUUUAGCAAAUGACUAAAACAUCGUGACUCUUAGAAGCUAAAUUUCUUAAUAAUCAUUAUACUGGGUUCAUGAGUAAUUUGGCCCCAAGAUGUGCCAUGACUAUUAUGAAAUUUUGGACUUAGAUAGAAUGAUAUGCAUUCGUAAGUAUUUUCUAGAAUGA